CCCACUGUCCCACUGUCGACAGGUGGGAGCGCCGGCACCGCCGAGUUCUCAGUCAUGGUCGACCCGGCCGUGGAAUCAAUACACUGUUGCGUCCACAGAGUACGGGGUUUGUGUCCGCUGGACGGAGAGAUUGUAAACGCCUACGUAAAACUGCAUCUGGUGCCUGGUUUGCAUAAGACGAACAAGCUUCGGACGCGAACGGUCUCGGGCUCCUCAGACGCCGAGUUCAACGAAACUCUCACCUACUGCAACGUUCACUCGGAUGUGGUGGCCAGCAGCACUCUGUGGGUGUCGGUACUCGAUGAGAACCCGAACGGCCACGACGUCCUGGGUGAGACGCUGGUGUGGCUGGCUGACAUCCCUCCUCAUCGGCUGCACUUCUUCUGCAAACCCCUGCUCCCCAUAGGCAGCGGCGACUGCGACUCGUACCAGGGCCGGAUAUUGUUGUCUCUGAAGUACGUCACCACCCGGCGAGUGCUGGUGGUCGGCGUGGUCCGCUGUGUCGACCUGCCCGCCCCGGACGGCAACGGAGUGCCCGACCCCUUCGUCAAAGUCCAACUGCGACCGGCGCCGGGCCAGUUCCGUACAGCCAUCUGCUGGAAAAGCCCCAACCCAAAGUUCAACGAGGAGUUCUGCUUCCGGUGCCGCCGCUCCGAACUGCCGAGACACACGCUGGACCUGCGCAUCUACGACAAAGAUAUCAGCAAGAGCAACGACUUUAUCGGCAGUCUCCAACUGAGCAUAGACUCGCACGGGGCGAGAUUACGUCAUUGGUUCGACGCCCUCAAUUACGUGGACACGCGGCACGACCGGUGGCAUGAGCUGAGCGCCACCCUGCCCGGUCCGCCGCCUUCCUGAGGUCAGAGGUCGAGUCGGAACUCAACCAGCGAGGACUGCCAAUCAUUCGACAGAAAACGAUCGUGUUUGCCAAACAAGUGCCGAUGUUUCCAGCUCCUUGAUGUGGUUGUUUUGCCUGGAACAGUAGCGUUGCAAUGAGUUUGAUGAAAUGGAAAUGAUUGAAAACCGUCUAACACAUGUUUUUUGUCACGCUCUACCUAUACCUAUUUAUGUCAAACGCUUGCGUACCAACUUUAGCCUUGAGCUCACAUAAUUGAAAAUAUGUCAGCGAUGGGUCAGGCAAGGUAGACAUAGAACAUCGAACAGGAGCACACCGUAAACACGCGGCACGGGCACCCCUGCGUUCGGGAUCAGGCGCAGAACUAUCUACCUUAUCUACCUUUCAUUGCUAUUUUCCGUGUGUUUCAAAAGUAGCCCCAAUAUGCGUGUACCUCAGAUAGGCUCGAUACGUUAUCUCGAUUACAAUAAGCAAUGGUAUGUGAAGGCGCAAUUUCGACUGCAACGAUAAUGACCUGUUGUAGACUAAUCGAUUGACGUUUGACUUCGCAGAGUAUUAGCAAUCAGAAACAUGAGCUCAUGAAUCGUAUAUCUCUUGUGACUCAUAAUCAACGAAGUAGUCACGCCAAAGUCCAAACAGUCAUCGAAUCCAUCUACCUGUUGCCUAAUUCAUAGCAGGACACAGAGCGCACGAGCCUGAGGCCCGAACUAUAUGUACCAUCUCUUCGUCGUCAUGCGAUGCUUAGCGAUUUGAAGGAUCAUACAAACUUUGACAUUUAUAAUCACGAAAACAUUCUCUCUGUGUGUGCAGCCUAUCUGAAUGUGGACGGAUAUCCUUGACAACGUAUCGCGCUGGCCGCUGCCGUGGCUGUUAGUUGCCGUUCCCAUGGCAACAUGCCAACAAGCAUAUCCGUUA